AUGCCUUCAAAGACUAGAGAAGCGUCCGACUCGGAGCGUUUGCCUGUCUGGUCCAAGGCAAGGAGGUCAGGGGCCCUCGAGAGCCCAGUCGCCAUGAUGCCCACGAGCACGAGAGCCACGCGGUCGCGCUUUUCCAGCCCGCAUCAGCACGCCAAUGGAGGAGGAGGAUCGGAACCCGUCAAGAAGACGAAUGGAGCAAGCGAGGCCUCGAGGACCUUUAUGCAGAAAUGGUUGGAGCCCACGGUGCAGAGCAAGCCGAGCUUCGAGGAGGCUGGAUUGAUGCGAUACGGCGUCACCGAGAACAUGGCGCCCCUCGGGACGCUACCCAAGGGACCGCCGACCAAGAAGCAGGGCCAGGAAGGCGUGAACCCCGUCAGGAAAAUCAUUCUCAAGUCGAGCUCAGCGAACUCUGCUGUCGCUGCUGCUGCAAAGGCGGCGGCGGCGGCCGCGGCGGCGGCUGGGGCAGCAGAUGCGACAAUGGCAAAGCGCUCAGAGACACCUCCACGCCUUCCUUCCCCUCCUGCCAACGCUCAAAAGGCGACGAGAAAAUGUCUUCCUGCACGUGGUCUGGGAGACGACGACGAGGAGGACGAGGACUACACGCCCAAGGCAGCCACGGGAAAGAGCCAGGGCCGGCGUGCAUCUGCCUCACAGUCACGCAAGAGUGUGUCGCGCUCCUCGGUAGGACGCCGCGCAUCUGCUUCGCUUCAUCAAAUGGCUCCCUCAAGCGACGCCGUGCAGCCGUCAGAAUCGACGCCCGAGAACAAGGACGUUAUCGAGAGGGCUGUGGAGGUUGCCAUCGACGAGGCGCUCCGGCACUAUCGCUAUCCCACUGCGUGGGCACUCCGGACCCUGUAUGACGAAAAUUCUUCCAACCCCGUCUUCCUCUCCAUGUUUGAGGACGUCUACCACCAAACAGCCGACGAAGACACGCUCGACGAAUUUUCUCGCCUUAUUGAGGAGAAGAAGCGAGAAGGCAAGAAGGACAACCAGGCUUGCUACUUUUUCGUGCCCCCUUCCACCAACUCGCGCUUCACCCCCCACAAGCCAAAGCCGGCACCCUACGGGAACCUUCUUUCCCUCGACCUCUCAAAGUCAGACUACGACGACGACGACGACGACGACCUCCUGCUCCAAGUUACGCCAACAAAAAAGGCCAGCAAGCGCAGGGAGAUUCCGGAAUCGCCCAUGGACAUGGACAUGGACGACGAUGACGAGACUACUUUACUGGCGGCGGAGACGACCUUGGCGACCAUGACCCCGUCACGCAAGCGCGCUCGGAGAGAUUCUGCAAGCAGCGACUCGUCCUUGUCGGAGCUCUCUGCAUCGCCGUCCCUGCCACCCGACUCGCCUUCGCCCAGCUCUCCGCCCGUUUCCGCGGCAGUCAAAGGCGACAGCCACAAUCGCCGUCACAGUGCCACGACGGCUGCCACGGCUGCUGGGGCCGACCCCGAGAUCACCUUGACCAGUGCACCACCGCCAGCCGAACCCGAGCCAAUGAAGAGACGCGGCAGAUCCCUUGCUGCUAAGACGAGCGUGUCUGACGCAUCCAACCCAAACUCACCCACCCUUCCCCCAAACGUAUCUCAAGCUGCAGGGGCUAGUAGCAUGCCUGGUCGACUUUCUUCGCCCAUCUUCCCCAACCUUUCGACGACAGCACCCUCAAAGGCGGCUGGCAAGAAGAACGCCAACAAGGACAAAGGCCCCCGCGUGCUGCCCAGCGACGAUGCAACCACCCAACGUAGGAGAGAUGCACGCGAUAGCACCGUUAGCCAGACGCCCCAGCCUGAGAGCCACAUUCGCGGUUCAGAUAUGAGAAGUAGGGCUGGAUCUGUGGCCACGUCUUCGCCUGCAGUGAAUCUGCGCAAAUCGGCAAGAACGCCAGCGCCGAACUCGAAUCUGCCUGUGAACCUGACCUUGAGCACGAGAACGACAAGAUCAGCAAAGAGGACGCACGACGAGAUCGAUAACACGAGCUCGCCGACUGCGCUGUUUUCCCUCGGAGAAGUGACGCCCGCCGCGAGCUCUAGGGCUGCGACCCCCACGAAUCUUCGUCCUUCUAAGAAGCAGCGGACUGGUUUGCGCAUCAAGACUUCACCCAUGAAGAAGAAGGGAGGCACUGCGGCUGGACUACCACGUGCAAGCGGCGAGGGCGGUGCGGUCAACGCCAACGGUGGCCCGAUCAACCAGGACGAGAAUGACGACUAUUGCUCGGCAUGCAGCGGCGUUGGAGAGCUGGUCUGCUGUGAGAACUGCUCCAGGUCGUUCCAUUUUGAAUGUGUUGACCUUGGCCUGGGUGACACUCUCCCCGAGGAAUGGUUUUGCAACGUUUGUUUCAGCAGCAGGUACCCCACCAGGGUGCCCGAACACAAGGGUCCCUUUGGCGGUUUGAUGAACACUCUGGAAAAGACCAACCCUCGAGCCUACAAGCUGCCGCAAGGUGUGCGGGUGUACUUUGAGAGCGUCAAGGUCGGUCCUGAGGGCGAGUACGAGGAUGUGGUGGUGCCGGCUAAGCCAAAGAAGAAGGGCUACGAGGAAGCUCCAGACUUCUUCAAGGUUCGGGACGCUGAUGGCUCUGCCGUUCUCUGCCACAAUUGUCAACACCCAUCCGCCGAUAAUCGAGCCAUCAUCCCCUGUAGCCUCUGCGGACUCCACUGGCAUCUAGACUGCCUCGAUCCUCCCCUGGCAAUCCCGCCCGUGGUGCGAACAUGGCGUUGCCCGGCGCACGCAGACGACCUGUUGGCCACGUUGCCUGAAGAGCUGGCUCCAGCUCACCGCUUCCGGAAGAUCAAAGGAACCCCCGUCAUUAUCCCUGCCUUCAGCCGCGGCAUGAGGAACAACGGCUACAUUGAAAUUGACGAUGAGGACGAAGAAUCCGAGGAUGAGAAUUCGGGUUGGAGCGACGUCAAGAGCUUUGGCCGCGUCUAUAAACUGUCUUCCAAAGGCGUUGUCCUCGACUUCAUCUCUCAGCUUCGGAAGGAUGGCGCUGGCCAUAUCAGUAGCUCGCCGGCUUCGACCAAGGCUCAGCCGCCACCAACCAGUCAGCCGCUCAACGCUCGUUCACGCGUCGAGCAGCAAGCAGUGCUUAAUUUGGUCGAAUUGGCCUCCACUCAGCCAACCACCAAGCUUAAUGAGCUCACAGAGGCACUGCUCACAAACGCCGAACCGGCUAUGCUCUCGCUGAUGGCUCGUGGCAGCGUGGGCAACUUUGCCAGCGGAGACCUGAAUGCUACUGACAAGCAGAGUCUCCGCGCCAUGUUGGCUCAGAUGGAGGCCAUGACUGGCCGCAUCAGAGGCUUGCUUGGAGAUGACCAAAAAGAUAGCGGUGUAUUUGGUAUGGACAUUGAGUCCGAUCAAAACGCGAUCGACAGCAACCAUAUCAACGGCACUGGUAGCGCUGAGGAUACCGCAACUUCGAUCAAAAACGAGUCUGUCGAGCCACCAGCCGACCUUCCUACGCCGGCGACCACUACCCAAGACAACCCGGAGCCGAUCAAUAGCCUGGGCGAGAAGUCUUCGCAGGAGGCCCCCAACGACGCUAACGAAGACGAUGUGACCGACAUGGAUAUUGACUAG